AUGGAAGGCGAAUCGGAAGGCAAUAAAGUGCUCGAUAAUGGAAAACUCAUAUCGAGAGGAGAUAAAGGCGCGCUCAUUCGUCUUCAAGGUUCGUCUAAAUAUGUUUCUAUGUUCUCACAGCAAGGCAAAAAAGGCCUCAACCAAGAUGCCAUGACAGUUUGGGAGAGCUUCUUAGGUGAUAGAGAGACAUUCUUGUGUGGUGUGUUUGAUGGACACGGGCCCUCGGGCCACAUGGUUGCACAAUACAUUCGUGACAUUUUGCCAAAAAAAAUUUCAUCUUUAUGUAAAAGAUGGGACAUUGAGGAAAGAAAUCGUGAGACUGAGAUCAGUCCGGAGAUUAAUAAGAAUCAAUUGUUUCAAUCAUGGAAAUCAAGAAUGAUAAAAUGCUUCCACGAGAUGGAUGAUGAACUCGAGGCUAAUGCUUCGAUUGAAAGCUACUGUAGCGGCACAACAUCUGUUAUCGUGCUUAAGAAGGGUGAACACCUGAUCAUUGCAAAUUUGGGGGACUCGCGUGCUAUCCUCUGCAAAAGGGAUGAAAAUAAUCACCUUGUUUCAAAGCAGCUCACAGUUGAUCUCAAACCAAAUCUCCCAGGUUAUGAAAUGGAGCGAAUAAAAAGUUGUGAAGGUCGAGUUUUGGCUAUGGAAGAAGAGCCGAAAGUGUACAGAAUUUGGAUGCCAGACCAAGAUUGCCCUGGACUUGCCAUGGCAAGAGCUUUUGGAGACUUUUGCUUGAAAGACUUUGGUCUCAUCUCAACUCCUGAUGUAACUUAUAGAAAGCUCACUGAGAGCGAUGAAUUCAUAGUCUUAGCAACCGAUGGGAUAUGGGACGUGCUGUCAAACGACGAAGUCGUAAAAAUUGUGGCCGCGGCAAGAAAACGAUCAAUGGCAGCAAAGCUUCUUGUCGACGAGGCCGCGAGGGCUUGGAGGCACAGAUUCCCGUGCGCCAAGACUGACGACUGUGCCGUUAUCUGCCUUUUCUUCAAGCGCCAACGACCACUCCUUACAAAAUCCUAUUCAGAAGUGUCCCACCUAAGCCAAUCAGAACUACGUGGCGGUGGGGCCCACAGCCACGCGGGAACAGACGAUGGCCUCGACACGGUCUUGAAUUGGGACGACGGUCAGAAGUCAUCGCAUUAUUACAGCCGUCGUCUCAAGAAGAGAAGGUUGGUCGCCAAGCUAGAGACAGUUGGAGAGUGA